AUGUCAAUCCCACACGCAUCAUACGAUCCUCGUCGAGUAUUUCGAUUCUCACUUCCUCGGUUUGAGGUAGGACCUAAAGUCAGGUCGAUUGGUACUUAUCUCUCAGGGGGAUUGUUCGCUUUAUCAUACUUUUUCCUCUUUGACGCAGCGACAAUCUCUUCACAUGCCAAACCACCACCUGAUGCACCAUACGAUGUGGUACUUGUACACAUGAGCUUCGUAGAUUGGGUGCCUGCUAUAUGUUCCACACUCGGCUUCCUGAUAACUUCAUUACUCGACAAGUCACAUCUCAACGCGGCUUUCUCAGGUGAUAGUUGGGGCGGUGAUGGUCCAGCUGCAGUAAGAGCGAGAGUCGUUUUAUUCAUUGGUGUGGCUUUAAUGGCAGGUGGUUUAGCUGGAAGUUUAACCGUUCUUAUCCUCAAGUAUAUUAUUACAGAUUACGAAGGAUACGUCUAUUAUGGGAUUAUGAACGUUGCUAUGAACGCUGGAAUAAUGGUAUCAGCUAUGAUAUUAUGGGUUUCUCAAAGUGGAAGCGACGAGUACGAAUAUCAACUCACAGUCUAA